UCCUCUCUUUGGUUACACUAUCCAGUCACCACCCAACACUCACAUUUCCUCUUCUCCUUCACUUGUUCCAUGUUUUAAGCUAAUGUUUGAAAAGAGCCCACUUAAACUUUCUUGCUAGCUGCUGCUUUGGGACCCUCUCACUUCGACCAUGGCCUCUGCUGCCCUUUCUGUAGCCAAGCCAUCCCUUCAGGCGAACGGAAAGGGUUUUGCAGAAUUCUCCGGCCUUCGCAACUCCGCCUCGGUCUCAUUCGGGAGGAAGAACUCGGAUGACUUCCUCUCCGUCAUUGCCUUCCAGACCUCAGCAGUGGGAAGCAAUGGUGGAUACAGAAAGGGAGUGGUAGAGGCAAAGCUGAAGGUGGCCAUUAACGGGUUCGGCAGGAUCGGCCGCAACUUCCUGAGGUGCUGGCAUGGCCGCAAGGACUCGCCCCUCGACGUCAUUGCCAUCAACGACACCGGCGGUGUCAAGCAAGCCUCCCACCUCCUCAAGUACGACUCCACCCUUGGCAUCUUCGAAGCUGAUGUCAAGCCCGUGGGCACUGAUGGCAUCUCGGUUGACGGCAAGGUCAUCAAGGUCGUCUCUAACCGCAAUCCCGUCAACCUCCCCUGGAAGGACAUGCAGAUUGACCUCGUGAUUGAGGGAACGGGAGUUUUCGUCGACAGGGAAGGCGCAGGGAGGCACAUUGAGGCUGGGGCGAAGAAGGUGCUCAUCACCGCGCCCGGCAAGGGCGACAUCCCGACAUACGUCGUCGGGGUCAAUGCUGACCUCUACAACCCAGCCGAGCCCAUCAUUAGCAAUGCCUCUUGCACCACUAACUGCCUCGCCCCCUUCGUCAAGGUCCUCGACCAGAAGUUCGGCAUCAUCAAGGGCACCAUGACCACCACCCACUCAUACACCGGCGACCAGAGGCUGCUUGACGCGAGCCACCGUGACCUCAGGCGUGCCAGGGCCGCCGCCCUGAACAUCGUGCCGACCUCCACUGGGGCAGCCAAGGCCGUGGCCCUUGUCCUGCCUAGCCUCAAGGGCAAGCUCAACGGGAUCGCCCUCCGCGUGCCGACCCCGAAUGUCUCGGUGGUCGACCUCGUCGUGCAGGUCACCAAGAAGACCUUCGCGGAGGAGGUCAAUGCGGCCUUCAGGGAGAGCGCCGACAAGGAGCUCAAUGGCAUCCUCUCGGUGUGCGACGAGCCCCUCGUCUCCGUCGACUUCCGGUGCUCCGACGUGUCGUCCACCGUCGACGCGUCGCUGACCAUGGUCAUGGGGGAUGACAUGGUCAAGGUGAUUGCCUGGUACGACAAUGAGUGGGGCUACUCUCAGAGAGUGGUGGAUUUGGCAGACAUUGUUGCCAACAACUGGAAGUGAAAAAUCAAAUCUGGACAACAUCAUCAUCAUCAUCAUCUUGGAGCUGGUUUUGUUUCCCACUCAACAAAAGUCAAGUAAUUUGGAUUUUUAGAAAAUUACCUAUUCUCUUCUUUUUUAAUCUGUAAUGUGACUGAGAAUUGCGGAACCCCUUCUCUUUUCUUCUCUUUAUUUAUGAAAUAAUUUACCUUUUGUUCA